AUGGCUCGACUUGUCGCGUGUGGAAACGAGCAGGUCUUUGGUAUCGACUACCAGCUCACCUUCGCGGCAGUCAUGGACAUGUCUACGGUACCGCAAGCCAUGGAAGUCGACGGCACGACACAAAAGAAGCUAGGUGCGGCAAGCACGAAGGAGCUGGCACUCGAGCUUCGAAAGAGUUUAUACGGCCUCAAGCAAGCCGGACGACUCUGGAGCCAGCUCCUGCAUGCGAAGCUAUGCAGCGCAGGAUUUACACAGUGUGUUGCAGACAUGUGUCUCUACUGGAAGCGUGACGGGAAGGAUACCGUCGUGGUUGGCGUCUACGUCGACGACCUGCUUGCAACUGGCCUCGGAGCAGCUGCGGUAGAUCGGUUUUUUGCCAGUCUCGCGAGCCUGUCAAUUAAGGACCUCGGCCGUGUGAGUAAAUUUCUCGGUAUAAGAGUGGCGCUCGAUGGCGAAGGCGGCUACGACCUGGAUCAGGAGGAGGCGAUCAGCGACUUGCUGCAAGGACAUGGCCUCACAAACGCAAACUCGACACUUGCGCCGAUCGGUGCCGACCGCUAUGAAGUGCAGCCGAUCGACAGCGUGCAACUUGAGGCCACGAGCACAAAUGGAGCACCUACAAUUAGAGAUUUCUAG